AGUCGACUUAUUUGUGUCUCGUCCUUCAUUCUCUCUCCCAAAUUUGUGUGUUUUUGAUGCAGUGCUGUGUUGUUUUGAGUGUGUGGCAAAACGAAGAUUAAGCAAAAGAGAGAAUAUAAAGAAAGAAAAGAAAGUUGGUGGUAGAUAUGGCGUUGAAGGAGACAUUUUACAUAUCUCAUGGAUCACCCACUUUGUCCAUCGAUGAAUCCAUUCAGGCUAGGAAGUUUCUUCAGUCAUGGAAGAACGACGUCUUUCCUCACACACCCUCUUCAAUUCUCGUCAUCUCCGGCCACUGGGACACCACAGUUCCCACGGUCAACGUAGUUGACUCCGUCAACGACACCAUCUACGACUUCUAUGGAUUCCCCAAAGAAAUGUACCAGCUUAAAUAUCCUGCUCCUGGAGCGCCAAAAUUGGCAAGGAGGGUGAAGGAACUGCUGAGAAAAUCUGGUUUCAAUCGUGUUGAUGAAGAUACAAAGCGAGGACUUGACCAUGGAGCUUGGGUUCCCCUGUUUUUGAUGUACCCAGAAGCCGACAUUCCAGUUUGUCAGCUGUCUGUUCAAUCAAACCAAGAUGGAACUUAUCAUUAUAACCUUGGAAAGGCAUUGGCCCCUCUUAAAGAUGAAGGUGUGCUCAUCAUUGGUUCUGGAAGUGCUGUUCAUAACUUGAGAGCCAUUAUGCCUAACUCCCCUGUGCAGCCCUGGGCUCUAGAAUUUGAUAAUUGGUUGAAAGAGGCUCUUCUUGAAGGAAGAUAUGAAGAUGUGAAUCAUUAUGAACAGAAAGCACCACAUGCAAAAAAGGCUCAUCCCUGGCCGGAUCAUUUUUAUCCCCUGCAUGUUGCUAUUGGUGCCGCCGGUGAGAAUUCAAAGGCCAAACUCAUCCACAGUAGUAUUGAACUUGGCACUCUCUCUUAUGCUUCUUACCAGUUUACAUCAGCAACUGGCAGUUGAGCUUCUUAAUGCAGAAUUGCUGCUGUUCAUUUGUGCAUCCUCUGUAUACAUUUAUUCAAUGUUUAUGAAGAUAUGUUGUUUGCAAGUUUAGACUUGGGAUUCUGUGAUGUAUAACAAAUAAUUCUGUGAUUGUCAAGCUCCUUUUCUUA